AAAUAAAAGACAUAUGAUGUGCGUCAAAUUUAGAAAUGUCAACGAGAGUGUUAUGGUUGUCAGUAUAUAGGUUUGAUAGUUUUGUAUGUGUAUUCGGGCAGACCUGUGAAGUCAUAAGGUGUGUUUGUUUGUAAUGUGACACUGUGACGUAUGUGUUUUUUUAAUCCGCGACAUUCGACAGAUUUGUAAUUGCGUCGCUCACGAAGUCUGCUGGAUGGACUAAAUAGAAUAUUGUGUUUCCACGUCAAUAACACGAGGAAAUCCUCAACAAGUAUUUUGCGGAGUGUAUGGAAAUAAUAAUGGCCAGUGCUCAGAUAACUAACUCCUUUCAGUUCACAGCGGAGAAAGCCAGAGUUGCACUGUCGAAUGUCUUGGAAGCACUAGAUUCUCCUGAAAAUUCCGUUAAACUUGGAGAAGCGAAAGAUAAUGCCGGAAACGAUAUGUUAAAAAUGAUGCAGUAUGUCUUCCCCAUUGUAUUGCAAAUACAGAUGGAUGUAAUAAAAAAUUAUGGAUUUCAGGAAGGUAGAGAAGGCAUUGUGCAGUUUGUGCAGUUAAUACGAACAUUGGAGAAAGAGGAUCCAGAAGUUGCUCAUCUGCAUGCACAGAUUAGAGCCCAUUACUUGCCUCCAGUGUCCAUCAGCACUGAAUCAUCUUGAGAAUGUCUCUUGGAUUGUGAGGCAACUUUGCCAAAAAGGACAUAUUUGCAGUUUACACAUUCCACUGAGUAUUUGCUUUCCCCAAUUUUUGUGGAGAGUUUAGAACAAUACAAAGUAUUUUAUAACUUGUUUACAGCGCAGACUACCAUGUGUUGAGUGCAGUUGUGCAAUAAUGUGAGAUACAUUGAUUCCCCUUUAUUGAGCAGAUUAUUUAUUACUGACAUGCCAAGUUCAUUUACAACUUUGGUAGUGUUGUUCUUGAAUAUUAAUGGUUUCUAAUAAAAAUAUAAAAUCCUUAAUCUUUCUACCAACUAUUCAUUGUGGUCACCUGUAAAAAGUGAACAGCUAAGCCUUAGGCUGUGCAGAUAAUCAUGCUGCAUGCCAUAUUGAGUGCUGGUUUGUAAUAAUCUAGUUUAGGAACCUCUUAUUAAUGUCUUGUAUUUUGAUUCUUACCCUGUGCUUGAGCUACCUGUGCAAUGUACCCUCACGUUAGUUGAAUAUUUUCAGAAUGGUGACAGUGACUUCUCCUGCUGUUGUUCAGUUUUGUAACUGUCCAGACAAAAUAAAUACAAUAGUUAAAGCUUCA